GUAAAUUCAGUCUGACAGUGAGUUAGUGAGUUAAUGACAGUGAGUCAAACCCACUCCCUCCUCCAACUGUGACGGCCUAGACAAAGACUUUAUGCAAGCUUCUUUGAAGUUGGCAGACAGUGAAGGUGAAGAGUGAAGAGUCAGACGCUGUUCUUCUGAAGUUUAACAACUUUUCUGCAUCAGGAUUAAAGUCAGAAUGGAAAUCCUCCAUUUUCUCUUCUUCUGCUUCUUGUCAGGUCCAGCUGGGCUCGUCAAGCCAAAACAUAAUAUUUGGUCUGCAGCUGAAGGAUUUAAUGGCACGCUUAACUGCAACUUAUCUUUGUCUGGAAGCACAAAGUUCUUCUGUAAGGAAAAAUGUGAGCAAGCAGAAGAUAUCCUCAUUAAAACAGAAUGAAGCACAGCUCAGAGUGGGAGAUACAGCAUGAAGUAUAAAGAUGGAUCUCCAAGAAGAGGAAUUGUGUUUUUAAGCAUCUCACAAAUGAUCAAGUCUGACUCAGGAAUGUACAGGUGUGGUUUGGGAAGAUCUUCUGCUCCAGAUUCAUACUUUGACUUUGAGGUCAGAGUUUCAAAUGCCUUCUAUUUGGGAAUUUUCCCCCGACAGCAACAAAAAGUUUUUAUUUUCAGAGGAUCAGAUCUGGAUAGAAACGUUGGUUUUUAUCGCACACAAACUGAGGGAGAAAAGAUCACAUUGGGAUGUUCCAAUACUGUGACUGGACACAGGAAGUUUUUUUGUAAGAAUCAGUGUAAGAAUGAAGGGGAGAUCCUCAUUGACACAACUAAUAACAAAUCUGAGAGUGGCAGAUACAGCACUGAACACAGACCAGGAUCUGUGUACGGACUGUAUGCAACCAUCACACAGUCGUCCAAGUCAGACACAGGAAAGUACAUCUGUGGUUAUGGAAACCCUCUGUCUCCAGAUUCAUAUGCGAAUGAAUAUUUUCUUUUCAUUGAUGAUUCAAACCCACCUACUUCCAAACCACAAACAACAACACAAAUGGCUUCCAACCCACCUGCUUCCACUCUACAGACAGCAACAACACAGAGUGAAAGUGUCACUGCAGGAGUCUCUACACAUUGUCCUGACUCCUCCUGGCUUCUGGUUGUGCGUGCGUCCUUGGAUGGUGUUUUGCUGAUGGCUGUUUUCCUCAUGCUCUUCUACAUUAGUAAGACAAGGAGGAACUUUGGACUGAACACCAGAGAGAAUGACACAAACAUGGAGUUCUCUGUAACACAUGAGAACUGGGAUCCAACCUCCAAACACAAAGAGUCCAAAAGCAGCAGGACCAAACCCACUCUGCAUUAUUAAAGACCAAAAUCUAACAAGUAAAAAUGAAUUUUGAGAUUUCACAAAUCCAUUGCUAUUUUCCAACUGUAACUGAAAGAUGUUGUAAACAUUUGGUUUUAUUUCAUUCAUUGUUGUCUACUGUAUGAUUUAUACAUUUAUGUGCUUACUUAUGCCAUGUAUUUGAAAUCACCGGCGCUUAUUACAAGGUACAACAAAAUUAAACAGGU